AUGGACUUGAAUGUUGCAGCGGAAGAAGAUGAGGGUUUAUGCGCCAUGGACGAGAAAAGGGCUGAAGAAAACGUGGAGACUGGAUUUGAAGUUCGGGAUUAUGGAGCCGAGCAAGAGAAAGUUAGGGACGAUGAAGGAGACGGUAAACAGGAGGACGUAGAGGUCGUGAAAGAGGAGGGAAACUGGAAUCCGGGCAGUAAAGGAAAAGGGAGGGAAGUGAGUGCCUCAAUAAAGAGGGAGUCGAGGAGGAAAUCAUGCCAGCUGGCGAAAGAGAAGAUCGGGAAACUGAGCCAGGGUAUGUAUGUGUGGGAAGAUGAGACGACCAGGGGUUUAUAUGUUACGGAAGAUGACGAGAGGCCGAGAAGGGGUCGGAAGAGAAAGAAGGAAAGUGAGGGUAUUGGUGUUGAUGGUCUGGAGGUAGUGAAAACUGGGGAAGUGGAAGGCCCAGAAAGAAGGGAGGGCGUCGAAGGGCUGGUUGUGGAAAAUGAAGCUAUUGGCAGUGGUGGUGAGGAGGUAAGGAUAAAUGGAAGCUUAAAGAAACGGAGGGGGAGGCCAAAGAAAACUGGGGAGGUGGAAAAUGGAGGUAUUGGUGGUGAGGUGAAAACUGGGGUAGUUGAAGGCUCCAAAAAAAAGAGGGGGAAUAGUGGGAAAGUGGAAGGGCCGAAAAAGCCGAGGGGGAGACCGCCAAAACGUGUAGUGGAGGAGCGAUUGAAAAUUGAAAGUGAUGCUGGUGAGGGUGUGGGGGAAGUCAAAAAUGGGUCGAGUGAAGGGACGGAGAAGGAAGUUGAAGGGAAUGUUUUGGAAAAUGAUGUUAUUGGCUGUCAGGGUGUAAACAAUGGGAGAGCUGAAAGCCAGGAGAAUAAGAGGGAAGGAUCUCUGAAAGAUGGGGAGGCGGAGAUGAUUGAAGGGAAGGGAGUCGAAAAUGCUGAUGUUGGCAUUGAUGGUGUGGUGGAAGGCGGAAAAAGAAGGGAGGGCGUUGAAGGGCUGGUUGUGGAAAAUGAAGCUAUUGGCAGUGGUGGUGAGGAGGUAAGGAUAAAUGGAAGCUUAAAGAAACGGAGGGGGAGGCCAAAGAAAACUGGGGAGGUGGAAAAUGGAGGUAUUGGUAGUGAGGUGAAAACUGGGGUAGUUGAAGGUUCCAAAAAAAAGAGGGGGAAUAGUGGGAAAGUGGAAGGACCGAAAAAGCAGAGGGGAAGACCGUCAAAACGUGCAGUGGAAGAGCGAUUGAAAAUUGAAGGUGAUGCUGGUGAGGGUGUGGGGGAAGUAAAAAAUGGGUCGAGUGAAGGGACGGAGAAGGAAGUUGAAGGAAAUGUAGUGGAAAAUGAAGUUAUUGGCUUUGUCUGUCAGGGUGUAGAUAAUGGGAGAGUUGAAAGCCAGAAGAAUAAGACGGAAGGAUCUCUGAAAGAUGGGGAGGCGGAGAUGAUUGAAGGGAAGGGAGUCGAAAAUGCUGAUGUUGGCAUUGAUGGUGUGGUGGAAGGCGGAAAAAAAAAGAGGGGCCGGAAACCAUUUAAAAAAGGAGCCGGAGAGAAGGUUGAAGGUCAGAGAGGGGAAAAUGCAGGUACAGGGGUUGAGGUUGGGGAGGUAGUGAAAAAUAGGAGAGUGGUGGGACCGAAAAGGAGGAGAGGAAGACCUCGAAAGGAUGGCGCGCAGAAAGAAUUUGAAGGGAAGGGAGUGGAAAAUAAUGGUAUUGUCCAUGAGGAUGUGGAAGAAAAUAAAAAUAGAAUACUGAAAGGCCAGAAAAGAGGAAGGAAGAGAAAAGCAUUGAAAGAUGGGCAGGAGGAGGGAGUUGAAGGAGGGGCAAACCAAGAAGGAACUGGAAAUACUGAAAGAAAAUGUUGCCCUGAAACAAAUGCGGACGGACUGGAUAGUGCAGCGGAGACAGCCAUUAGUGGAAAGCACAAAGGAAAAGGGAUUGAGCGAAACACCUGCCACCAGUGCAAAAGGAACGAUAAAGGAAGGGUUGUGCGUUGCACCAAGUGUAAGAGAAAACGAUAUUGCGUGCCUUGCAUGAAUAGAUGGUAUCCUCAGCUUCCGGAGGAGGCUUUUGCUGAAGCUUGCCCCGUUUGUUGUAAGAACUGCAAUUGCAAGAGUUGCUUGCGGCUGGAGGUGCCGAUUUCGUUGAAUCUGGAAUUGGAAUACAAUGAUGAAGAACAGAUGCAAUACUCUAAAUAUAUGCUGUGUUUGCUUCUGCCCUUCUUAAAACAAUUUCAUGCAGAACAACUAGUUGAGAUGGAAAUGGAAGCUAAGAUACGAGGACUCUCACUUUCAGAAGUAAAGCCACAAAAAUCAGACUGCGAGCUGAACGAACGAAUAUUUUGUGAUAAUUGUAAAACGUCCAUUGCUGAUUUUUACCGGAGCUGCCCCAAGUGUUCGUACGACUUGUGCCUCACUUGUUGCCGGGAGCUUCGGGAUGGACAUCUGCAGGACAGGGAAAAGGAUAUCAUUGAUCAAUAUGUUAGUCGUACACUAAGUUACUUGCACGGUGAUCUGGAUGAGGAUUCUCUUUCAAUCAAGAAUGAACCUCAUCCUGAAAUUGUUGAGACUGUUGCUAAUAAUCCUGCUGUCAUAGAGUCCGAAUGGAAACCUACAGAAACAGGUACUAUCCCAUGCCCACCGCCGUUUGUGGGGGGCUGCGGUGAAGGGAUUUUAGAACUAAACAGUGUUUUCGGGGAUAAUGUUGUCUCUAACUUGUUGCUGAGAGCGGAAAAAUUGGUGAGGUUAGAUAUGGAGAAACUGCCUAAAAUUUUUGAGAAGUGUUCGUUGUGUUUAAAGUUAUCUGGCGAGAACACAAAUAGCCGUCAUGAACUGCGUAGAGCGGCUUUCCGGGAGGACUCGGAGGACGAUUUCUUAUACUGUCCCAAGGCUAAAAGCCUCAAAAGUGAUGAUUUGAGGCAUUUUCAACGGCAUUGGUUGAGAGGUGAGCCUGUGGUUGUUAGUAAUGUGCUCGAGACUACAUUUGGUUUGAGCUGGGAGCCUAUGGUUAUGUGGCGGGCUUUUCGUCAGAAAAGGAACCAUAAGACCGAACUUCUUCUCAACGUGGCCGCUUUAAAUUGCUUGGACUGGUGUGAGGUCGAAAUCAAUAUUCACAAGUUUUUCAGUGGGUACUCGAAGUGUCAAUUUGACAGUUAUGGAUGGCCUCAGAUUCUCAAGUUGAAAGAUUGGCCUCCUUCUAACUUGUUCGAGGAGAGGCUGCCACGUCAUGGUGCAGAAUUCAUCAGCUGCUUGCCCUUCAAAGACUACACACAUCCACGUCAUGGGUACCUUAACCUAGCUGUCAAAUUGCCUGAGGAGUCUCUGAAGCCAGAUAUGGGGCCCAAGACAUAUAUUGCCUAUGGACUUUCUCCCGAACUGGGAAGGGGAGACUCUGUGACAAAGUUACACUGUGAUAUGUCUGAUGCAGUGAAUGUUUUAACACAUGUAGAGGAACCUGUUCUCAAACCUGAGCAGCUUUCGACUAUAAAAGAACUGCAGAAGAAGCAUGCUGCACAGGAUAAAAUAGAAUUAAAUAGCGAUCUGGAAAUACCUAUUGUCGAUCGACAGAAAUCUGCUGAAACUCUCGGAACUGGUAAAGAAGACCAAGAAGAAGGUUCCAAACAAGAGGAGAUCAAUAUUUCGGCUCCUGAAAAUAUUUCAGAAAGUUCUGGAGAUCCUGAAGGUGGUGCUCUUUGGGAUAUUUUUAGGAGGCAGGAUGUACCUAAACUGGAGGAAUACGUGAGGAAACACUUCAAGGAAUUUAGACAUAUUCAUGGCAAUCCGUUACCGCAGGUUGUCCACCCUAUCCAUGAUCAAUCUGUAUACUUGACCAUGGAGCAUAAAAGGAGGCUUAAGGAGGAAUAUGGGAUUGAACCAUGGACAUUUGUUCAGAAGUUGGGUGAUGCUGUUUUUAUACCUGCUGGUUGUCCACACCAAGUUAGAAACUUAAAGUCUUGCAUUAAGGUCGCACUUGACUUUGUCUCACCGGAAAACGUCCAAGAGUGCGUUCGGUUAACAGAUGAAUUCCGCACUCUUCCUCAAAAUCAUAGGGCUAAGGAAGACAAGUUAGAGGUGAAGAAAAUGACUAUUCAUGCAAUUCUCCAAGCUGUGGAUUACUUGGAGAGGAUGUCUGGAUUAAAACAGUGCUG